AUGCGAAUUCCCCACUGCGAAGAAUAUGCGUGUCCUGGCAUCAAACUUGGCAACCGUAACCUCGGACCUCCCAACCUACCCAUGUACCUGCAGAAGAUGAACACCACUGUCUCGAUGGCCCUCGAGGCUGACAACGCCAAUUUCCCAACCCAGACUCUUGUUUCAACUAUUGUUGGAGGGGUUUUUAUCGGAUACCUGUGGUUUUGGCAUAGGUCAACCAAAGUUUGGGUUCGCUGCAACGGAACCAUUGAUGCCUUUACCAACGUCCCAGAGAAUACACAAAGAACUCGCAUCACCACCAUCUGCCUACCUAGCAUCUAUCAUAUUUCUCGGAAUGCACAGCACCCUGACCCCCCUCCACCAUACGAUAGCGGCGGGCCGAAUCGUACUACAUGA